CCUACUUCCGGACUCGCCGCUAUGAUUUGGCGCCAUGAUUUUAGUAUCGCCGAAAAUCGUAGCGUUGUGCAUCUCCCUACUUAUCUCUGCUACCUAUGCGUUAUACCUUUAUCUUUAUUUUUUCGUAUUCAUAGUUUCAUAGAUGGUCGAUUGACGCCGGGUUCAAAAAAUUGUCGUUUUGUGUUGCUCUAUGUUAUUCGACUUUUUGAUCUGUAUUUGAUUGUAUAUCCGUCAUGUGGCUUGUCGCAAUUGGUAUAGAAUAACUAAAGUAUUUCGUAACAUAUUAAAUAUAUUAAAAAUGAAGCUAGUGAAACCAAAUUGGGUUACUCAUGAUGAUUAUCCAAUAUUUUCUGUGGAUAUUCAUCCUAAUGGAAAACGAUUUGCUACUGGUGGGCAAGGAGGUGAUUCCGGUAGAGUAGUAAUAUGGAACAUGGAACCGGUAUUCAAUGAAACUGCUGAAGUAGAUCAAAAUAUUCCAAAAAUGUUGUGUCAAUUGGAUAACCACCUUGCGUGUGUGAAUUGUGUUCGAUGGAGCACCAGUGGCCUUUUGGCAUCAGGUGGUGAUGAUAAGUUGAUUAUGAUAUGGAGAUUAGUAGGAGGUGCUGGUGGUAGUUCCAUUUUUGGUGGAAAAGCUAGUGUUGAAACAUGGCGCUGUAUUUCCACUUUAAGAUCCCAUGAAGGGGAUAUUUUGGACCUUGCGUGGGCUCCACACAGUCCAUGGCUUGCUUCAGCUUCAGUUGAUAACAGUGUUAUUAUUUGGGAUGCUUCAAAUUUCCCAGUAAUUGUGGCUGUACUCAAAGGACACACAGGCCUUGUGAAAGGGAUCACGUGGGAUCCUGUGGGAAAGUAUCUAGCCUCGCAAUCAGAUGACAAAACCUUGAGAGUAUGGAGAACUUCAGACUGGGCAGAAGAAGUAUUAAUAACAGAACCCUUCGACGAAUGUGGAGGUACAACUCAUGUUCUACGACUUUCCUGGAGCCCAGAUGGACAAUAUUUAGUAUCUGCUCAUGCUAUGAACGGUGGAGGACCUACAGCUCAGAUCAUCGAAAGGGAUGGAUGGACGCAAGAUAAGGAUUUCGUUGGACAUAGAAAAGCCGUUACAUGUGUUAGAUUCAAUGGCAACAUUCUACAAAAGAAACAACCAGGUACAUCUAAGCCGCAACAAUAUUGUUGUGUUGCAAUAGGAUCGCGUGAUCGGUCUCUCUCGGUAUGGCUGACUUCGCUUAAAAGACCCUUGGUGGUCAUUCACGAGUUAUUCACGCAUUCUGUCCUGGAUGCUAGCUGGUCACCCUGUGGAUUAUGUUUAGCUGCUUGUUCAAAAGAUGGUACAGUGGCUAUGAUUGAAUUCACGCAGCAGGAACUUGGCCAGCCCUUGGAUCCUGCAGAACAGAGUAUUCUUCAUGAACGACUCUAUGGAAAACCAUUGGUCCAGGGUGGUUGUAUGGUUGUAGAAGCACCUGAACUACUCAAUUUAAAACUUCCAGCACCUCCAACGCUACCACCCGUUGCCCAGUCUAUUCCAAAUUCAAUACCGCCACCAUCCUCCACAUCUAAUACACCAGUCAAAGGUCCUAUUAACAAGCAAAUCGAGACCAGGACUUCAGAUGGCAGAAGACGCAUUACUCCUAUGUUCAUACCACCGCCACCUGAUACAAUGGAUACUUCUACAGGAGGGGGUGUAGGACCGCCAACAUUCACGAGUACGUCACAAAGCAAAAGUACGAUCGUCGUAGAAAAACGGGACGAUGUCGUUACUCCAAAUGUCAGUUCUGCAGUAAAUUCAUCCCUUCAAGGAACACCAACACCGGCGCUUACAUUAAAGCGACGAGAACAAACGACACCUAAGCUACAUCACUCCUCACAGAAUAAAAAACCAAAGUUCGUGUCCGAAAGAAAUCAUCUGGUACUUCCUUCAUUAAAACCAUCGAGUUCUCUAUCUCAACAAGCUGGUCACUACGCCGUAACUGUUACGAACUCGCGAGGCUUUGCUCAUCUUCAAGUGUUUCGUGGAACCGAUUCCGAACCCACUUGGGAUCUGUACUUGGGAUAUAGUGCUGUGGCUCUGGCCGCUUCGCCAGCUGUCAUUGUUUUGGGUUUAGAAGAUGGAAGUAUUCAUACAUUUCAUCCUGCCAAGGGGUCACGACCAGCUCCUCCACUAGCACCUCCAGCACCUUUGGCAAAGCUUCACGCUGUCGGGAAUGUGGUAAUGGUCAUUUCAAGUUGUGGUGCUGUACGAGUUUGGGAAAUAGGAACCUCGUGUCGUUUAAUUGUUUCCACCUCUGCGAGUCAUCUUGCAGCGCCAGGAACGUCCCUAGUAUCCUGUACACUUUAUAACGGAAUGCCACACUUAGCUUUCACGAAUGCACGGGCAUACAUAUAUCACAAGGAAAUGGGUACUUGGGUACUCAUUGGUGACAAUCAGGAUCCUGUUUGGCGAUGGUCUUCUCAAGCAGCUUCCACGACUGCCGGAAGUAGUGCACCUCGUGGACCUCUAUCCUCGUUGCAGGAAGCCUUACACAGAACUGCAGGAAGUAGCCUGCCCAAUCCGAGACUGCCGAAUAAUUCUUCAAGUAUAGUUUCCUAUUUGGAACAACAGUUACUUGCUUCCAAAGCUCUUGGAAGCUCUCAAGAAUACGUCCACUGGCUGAUGGCCCUAGUGUCGUUUUUGCUAACGCAAGAUGGCUUGGAGGAACGAUUAAGACUGAUCCUGGAUGAUCUUAUGGGACCGAGUCAUGGAUCUGUAUCAAAAAGUACCUGGGAACCUAUGAUCUUGGGUAUGCGGAAGCAUAAACUAUUGGGAGACGUACUUGGGGUUAUUGGUGGACAUCUUCGAUGGCAAAGAUUAUAUCUUGAAUAUUCCGAGCAAUUAACGGCUUUCACAGAGUCGUAACAUUUAUAAAUAUGUAUAGAUAAAUGGAUGUGCGCGAAUUGUAUAUUAUUAUGAAUCAUCAUUUAUAUAAAAUCUUCAAGUGCAAGCGUGAUUUGGUAUAUAUAAGGAAGUUAUUAUUAAAAGGAAAACUAAUGAAUCCUCUUGCUUUAAGUUCUCAAAACAACAAAGUAUAGCGAAAUAAUCACGAAUAUCUGAAAGUUCGAUUGAUAACAUUUUCACCGUUUUUCCGUAAUGCCGAUUAUUUGGUACUAAUCCAGAACUACAGUAUUUCUGAAAAAGUAAUAUAUAAAUGGGAAUAAAAGGUCUGUAUAUAAUUCUCAGCAAUCCGAUAUCCAACAUAAAAUGUAUCAUUUAUAAAUCGUUUUGUUUAUUUGAAAAUAUAAGAAAUAUUCUUGGAAA